AUAUUUGCUCGUCGCGCGAUAAGCAUCAAAUCUAGGAGAGCUCCAGUGAUAGUGUGAAAUUAAACAAACAAGACAUUGAAAAGUAAACAGAUUUGGAGCUCAGUGACUCGCUGAAUAUUUUAAUUGCCUUAUUACAAACAACCAGUUUAAUCUUAUUGACCACACCGGAGAGCACUGACAUGGAGGUGCUGACGAGUCGUGUUGUUCCUGAUGGCGGCUACGGCUGGGUGGUGGUGGCCGCCGUGGCCUUGAUAAAUAUGUCGAACCAGUCCAUUUUGUCCGUAUUUGGACAGCUCUUUGUGAGCGAGCUUCGCUUGAUGCACGCGGACACCUUUACAGCAGCUCUGAUCACCAAUCUGAACAGUCUAGCCCUUAACUUUUCGGGUCUGUUUAUUGGCCCGGCCAUCAAGAGCUUUAAGCCGCGCAAUGUGGCCGCCACCGGCUGCGUUCUGGUCUCCUUGGGUUUGGCUCUUUGCGCCUUCGCCACCGAAAGCUGGCACUUUAUUGUCGGUUACAGCUUCUUUGUUGGAUUCGGCUUGGGCCUAAUCUCGCCCUCUACAUUUAUGGCCAUCAACUCUUACUUUAGUAGCAAGCGAGGACGAGCGGUGGGCGUGUCCCUGGCUGGGGCUGGACUUGGUCAGGUUCUCAUACCGCACCUGGUGCGAUACCUUCUUGAAAAUCACGGUUUUCGCUACGCAGUCCUGGCCAUGUCGGCUUUAUCUCUAAUUGGGCUUUUUGGUGCCGCGUUUUUGAAGCCUCUAAAUCCACCGGCCAAGCACAAUAACCGCCGCCACAUGCGCCUGAUGGCCGAGCCGGAUGCAGAGAAGGCUCAAUCCAGUCCUCUGCAAGUGGUGAUAGUGCCAUCUUGCCAAGGCAAGGGCGAAGAGAUCCCACCGAAAAAGACGGAUACACUUUGCGGCCGAAUGGGCCAGCGCCUGGUACAGGCCAUGGACCUGGAGCUGCUCAAGGAUCUGGUGUUCUGGAGCAUUAUUGUGGGCAUGGCCCUGGUCUACACGGCCACCAUUAACUUCACGAUGAUAUUUCCUGGCUUUCUUGAGCAGACGGCAGGAUUGAACAGCCAGCUGGUUGCUUUCUGCUUGUCCGCAGUGGCGGGAGCCGAUAUCAUCUGUCGCUUGCUGUUGCCCAUUAUCACUGAUCAUCUAAGGAUCCCAUACCGUGUGGUGUUCCUUAUCGGCACCGCUGGCCUCUUUGUUGCCCGAUGUGUGAUUGCUGAGAGUCGGGACCUCACCGCCAUAAUUUCCAUGUCUAUACUAAUGGGCGUGAUGAAAUCAGCCACUGUGCUAAACAACAAUCUCACCGUAUCGGCGCACUGUCGCCCGGACAAACUGGCCGGCGGACUGGGUCUGAACAUGAUGUCAAAGGGAGUAAUUGUGAUCACAGUGGGUCAGAUGCUGGGAUGGGUGCGUGACUAUGCCGACUCCUACGUGAUGUGUCUGUACGCCCAGGGAGCCAUUCUCUUGCUGGUGGUGCUUGUUUGGACCCCGGAGAUUUUCUACCGCAACCGCAGGCAGCGACGCACCACUUCCAAAUCUAUGGACACCACCGUGGACGCCGCCGAGGAAGUGACGAAGCUCAACACGUGAACUGGUCUGGAUUAGGGUUUAAGUGAAGGAGGAAUUCGGUAUUGACUGUCUUGUGAUAGGAGGCGCACGGAAAGAUUUCUUCCUCGGAGUCGCCGCAAUAGUUAUUAGGGUUGUGAGUCAGCACCAGUGUCGGGAGCAGGACGAUUUGUAUGACUACGCCUCUAGGAUUAGGUUUU